AGGCGCAGCGGGCGAAGCGGCUGGCGAGCUGGCAAGUUUACCGAGGUUCCGCCGAACGUGUGGGCUGUUGCGUCGCGUUGUAAAAACAAACAUAAACGUUUCAGCGUUUCCUUGAAGGCUAUCUAGGAGCGAGUCGUUGUAGACGAGUGUGGUUGUUGUGUGUUUGCUCUUCCAGAGUCGUGCGGAAUCCGUUGCCGUGUGAUCUAAUGUGAUAUAUAUUUUUUUAUGGUGUUGGUGUGCACAUCGUGCGUUGGGAUCACCGAUCUGUGUGCGGUGUUGUGUUUCUUUUUGUAACUCGAAUCAACUUGUGGAUAAAGUUCAUCUCAGCGUUGCAGGAUAAAUUUGGAUUACAAAUUAUGUAGUUCAGAUGACGUCAGGUGAUGGCAGCAAAGCUUCGAGAAGCUGCCGCCAGAGGAAACACCCAAGAAGUGCUGCGCUGUCUGGAGGAUGGGGCCAAGAUACAGCCCGAUGAGAUCGGCCGCACGGCGCUGCACCUGGCGGCCUCGGCCGGACACGCGGACGUGGCGGCGGCACUGCUGCUGGCCCGCUGCGACGUGAACGCCGCCGACAAGGCGGGCUCCACGCCGCUGCAGAGGGCGUCCGCCGAGGGACACCUGGACGUGGUGAGGCAGCUCAUCAAGCAUGGGGCGGACAUCAACCGCCAGGACACCGUCCACGGCAACACGGCGCUGCACGAGGCCAGCUGGAAGGGCUACAGCCGCACCGUGCAGGCGCUGUGCAAGGCGCGCGCCAACCUGCACCUCAAGAACUGCGGCGGGUUCGCGGCGCUGCACCUCUGCUGCCAGAACGGCCACAACCAGAGCUGCAGGGAGCUGCUGCUGGCGGGCUGCAACCCCAACCUGCAGAACAACUAUGGAGACACUCCACUGCACACGAGCGCCCGAUACGGACACGCGGGCGUCACGCGGAUCCUCAUCAGUGCCAAGUGUCGAGUGUCCGACCAGAACAAGAACGGCGACACGGCGCUGCACAUCGCUGCAGCGAUGGGGCGACGCAAGCUGACCAGGAUACUGCUGGAGGCCGGCUGCGACAAGAACCUCAAGAACAAGCAAAGCGAGACGGCCCGAGACAUCGCCACUCGGAAGGACCUGAACGAGAUUCUCAUCAUCCUGACGAGCGCGACGAGGGGCAAGGGCAAGACUGGGCACAAGGGCGGCCACGAGAAGGAGCGGGCAGAGAAGCAGCACGGGGAGAAGAACGAGAAGAAGCGCGAGAAGAACGAGAGCGGCACGAGCAGCAAGGACAGCAGCAGCCGGCAGAAGGAGAAGAAAAAGCAGAAGCACGAGCACAAGGUGCACUUCCAGAAGACGGCGCUCGGCAAGCAGGUGUCGCCGUACGGCUGCCACUACUACCCCGACGCCAAGGCCUUCCCGCAGCCCAACCUCGACUCCCUGCCCCACGAGCCGCUCAGGAAGGGCGAGCAGUACUACCUGGACCUGGCCGGCAACAUACGCAAGGGGCCCGUGGGCGUGGGCUACACCUGCUACUGCGCGCCCUUCUUCCAGCACAUGGAGGCCCGACUGGAGCGCGACAAGCAGGAGCUGAAGGAGCACAUCGACCAGGCCAACCAGCGGCUGGACGAGCGCGUCUCCAGCCUGGAGCGCCGCACCCAGGGCCAACUGUCGGAGCUGACGCGCUGCGUGGUCGCCGAGCGGGCGCGCUGCAGCGAGCGCCACCUGCAGCUGGCCGAGUGGAUGACACGUCGCGGCCCGGGGCGUGCCUCCGAGAGGACCGUGCGGGACGCGCCCUUGCCGGUGCCCCGGGCCCGCAGCCUGGAGCUGCUGCUGGAGGAGAGGGGCGACCCCGAGGCGUGGCACGACGUGCAGCGGCCGGGAGCGAGGCUGGGUCGAGACCCCGCCGUGCACAACCACAGCAUGGACGACCUGGCGGAGAAGGGGAGGUCUCACCCGCACCGCAGGUCCGCUAACGAGCUCAAGUCCGGCCGGGAGGGCGCCGCUCGCAACAAGCACAACCGCAGCUUCGAGAACCUCCUAGAGCACCACGGCGGGACACGGCAGGACCUCCAGCGAAGGUUGGCGGAGGAGCUAUUGGCUUCGCACCGCCAGAGCCAGGCGGAACGAGGUCUGGACGAGAGGCUCGCGGAGGUGCACUCGGGUCAAGAGGAGCUGGAGCCCACCCCGGAGGACUGGCGGGGCCAGCCGACGCGGCGGUCCGUCCACGAGAUGGUGGCGAGGAUACAGGGCCGGCAGGCACGGCCGGAGGGCGACGAGGGCCGGAGGGCGAACACGGGGCCGGAGGGGCCGCAGAAGUGGGAGAAGGUCAGCACGGCGAGCUGGGCGAGGAACGGCGAGGCUCACUACGACCUCGGGGACGGCAGCAGCUCUGAAUCCAGCGACGGGGAGGACGACGACAGACUGAAAGUGUUUCAGGAGGCGGGCGUGAUGUUGGGUGUGCCGACGCGCAACUACGAGAACAUGGUGUCGGGACUGCCGUACCGCAGUCGCAGCGCGGUGUACAGUCCGACCCAGGACACAGACCAGCACAACGACUCCGGCUACAGCACCAAGCUGUACGGCAGCUCCAAGGGUGCUUCCCCCUCCCUGUCAGGUAACCUGGACAGCGACGGUGUGGUGUCAAGCACCACGGUGUACCACAACCCCAAGCCGCCGGACCCGCCGCAGCCGCGCCACAGGUACCUUCAGGGAGAAGACCCCAGUGUUACCAGCGUAGUGACCGCGAGCCUCGUGUGAAGUGCGAGGAGAGACGACGACGGUGUGCACUGCCAUAUCCCACGUUAAUGUACAAAUAUAUCGCUUGUGUAGUAAUGUAACAGAACUCGUGUACACUUGGAAAAGCUUGUAAAAUAAGAUGGUUCCCACAAAAAUAAUAAUCUGUGUUGACCCAAAGAUAUGUAUAACUUGUUUCUUACAGUGAUGCCAUAAUGUUUACAGUUCUAUGUAUUAUGUAUAUAUAAAUAAUUAAUAUAAUCUAUCUUUUAAUAAAAAAUUU